UUCAAAAUCUGAAUUAUACAUGACAUAAUAUCAACAAGACUGAUACAUAUUACCCAGAGAUUCCUCUGUGCACUGGUCUCAGCUGCUGUGCGUGUGCGUGUGCGUGGGGAGGAGGAGGAGUAAAAACAGGAACUACCAGAACUACCACAGCAGAUCUCUGAGCCUCUUCAUCUCCCACGCUGCACUUUUUAAUAAAGGCUCGACCUCUCGGCCAUUUUUUUCCUGUAACUCCUUCCCUGCAAACUGUUCUUCUCCUCUUCCUCCUCCUUGUAUCGGGUGCGACCGGGUCGGUGUGUGUCAGCAGGAACCGAAGGUGACCAUGGCCUUCCUUGGGAGCGCAGCUCGGCGCUUGGUGUUGGCAGCGCGCCCCCCCCUCUCUCCUCUGUGCCGGACGAGUGCUCGGUCCUACAGCUCAACGCCCACCCAGGAAAAAAGUGUCCCCUACGAGAAGACGCUCCAACAGAAGGAGGGAACGUCCUCUGGACCCACUAAACCUCUGCCCAGGUCAGCGGAUGCGGUGGUGAUCGGAGGCGGAAGCCUGGGCUGUCAGACCAUCUACCACCUGGCUAAAAUGGGAAUGACCAACGUGGUCCUGCUGGAGAGAGACAGACUGACCGCGGGCACCACCUGGCACACUGCAGGCCUGCUGUGGCAGCUCCGGCCCAGUGACGUUGAGGUGGAGCUUCUGGCCCACACCAGGAACGUGAUCAGCAAAGACCUGGAAGAGGAGACGGGCCUCCACACGGGAUGGAUCGAGAAUGGAGGACUCUUCAUCGCCUCCAACAAGCAGAGACUGGACGAGUACAAGCGCCUCAUGUCGCUGGGUAAAGUUUACGGUAUUGAGUCCUACGUGCUGUCACCUGCCGAGACCAAGGACCUGUAUCCUCUGAUGAACGUGGAUGAUCUGUACGGAACCCUGUAUGUUCCAAAAGACGGCACCAUGGACCCGGCCGGCACCUGCACCACGCUGAGCAGAGCUGCAACAGCCAGGGGAGCCAAGGUGAUUGAGAACUGCCCUGUGACCGGCAUCAGCGUGCGCACAGAUGACUUCGGGGUGAAGAGGGUGAAGGCGGUGGAGACCCCACAUGGGACAAUUGAAACAUCUUGUGUGGUGAACUGUGCAGGUGUGUGGGCCACCAAGCUCGGGGAAAUGGCCGGAGUCAAGGUGCCUCUCGUAGCGAUGCAUCAUGCCUAUGUGGUGACGGAGAGAAUUGAAGGCAUACAGAACAUGCCAAAUGUCAGGGACCAUGAUGCAUCAGUGUACCUGCGGCUCCAAGGUGACGCCCUGUCUGUCGGCGGCUACGAACAAAACCCCAUCUUCUGGGACGAGGUGUCUGAUAAGUUUGCCUUCAGUUUGUUCGACCUGGACUGGGAUGUAUUCACGCAACAUAUUGAGGGUGCGAUUAACAGAGUCCCCAGUUUGGAGCAGACUGGCAUCAAGUCCACUGUCUGUGGACCAGAAUCGUUCACGGCCGACCAUAAGCCGCUGAUGGGAGAAGCACCAGAGGUCAGAGGUUUCUUCCUGGGAUGUGGCUUCAACAGCGCGGGCAUGAUGCUGGGAGGAGGCUGCGGUCGAGAGCUGGCUCACUGGAUCAUACACGGCCGCCCUGAGAAGGACAUGUACGGAUACGACAUCAGGCGUUUCCACAACUCGCUCACGGACAACGCGCGCUGGAUCAGAGAGAGGAGCCACGAGUCGUAUGCUAAAAACUACUCCGUGGUGUUCCCCUUUGAUGAGCCGCUGGCCAGUCGAAACAUGAGGAAAGACCCUUUCCAUCAGGUGCUGAUGGAGCAGGGCUGUGUGUUCCAGGAGAGACACGGCUGGGAGAGACCUGGCUGGUUCAACAAAGACGGGCCUGCGACUGUUAAAGACUAUGAUUACUAUGGAGCUUAUGACAUUCAGAAGAAUGUGAACCACAAAUACAACGAUCUGCUGGGGAAGGAGUACACCUUCGGUUUCCCCCCACAUCACAACGUGAUUAAGAGCGAGUGCCUCUCAUGUAGACACGGCGUGGCUGUGUUUGACAUGUCCUACUUUGGAAAGUUUUAUCUCACCGGACCAGAUGCCAAGAAGGCGGCUGAUUGGCUGUUCACUGCUGAUGUCAACAAGAAACCAGGCUCCACUGUGUAUACUUGCAUGCUGAAUAAAAGAGGAGGGGCGGAGGCUGACCUGACAGUGAGCAGACUGGAGCCCGGCGCCGCCAUGCUGCCCCUGGCACCAGAAUCCAACGGUGAUGCAUACUACCUGGCCAUCGGAGGCGGCGUCGCCGAGCACAACUGGAACCACAUCAGAACCGUUCUUCAGGACCAAGGUUUCCGCUGCCAGCUAACAGACCUCUCUGAGGAGAUGGGCAUGCUCAGCAUCCAGGGACCGAAGAGUCGAGAGGUACUUCAGGAGGUGCUGGACACAGACCUGAGCAACGAAAGUUUCCCCUUCUCUACCCACAAGGUUGUAAACGCAGUAGGACAUCAGGUGCGAGCCAUGCGUCUGUCGUUUGUCGGGGAGCUCGGCUGGGAGCUGCACAUUCCCAAAGACGCUUGCCUUCCGGUCUACCAUGCUGUCAUGGCUGCUGGUGCAAAGCACGGCAUCAUCAACUCGGGCUACAGGGCCAUCGACUCGCUCAGCAUAGAGAAAGGCUACAGACAUUGGCACGCUGACCUCCGCCCGGACGACACCCCCUUGGAGGCGGGGCUAGGCUUCACCUGCAAACUGAAGAGUUCGAUCCCGUUCCUGGGUCGCGAUAGGCUGGAGGAACAGAAGAAGGAGGGGCUAAGGAGGCGCAUCGUCUGCUUCACCAUUGACGAGAAAAUACCGAUGUUCGGUCUGGAGGCCGUUUUCCGUAAUGGAGUUCCUGUCGGUCACCUACGGCGUUCUGAUUAUGGCUUCUUUAUUGACAAAACUAUCGGUUAUGGAUAUAUCCGCAACCCUGAUGGAGGAGUGGUGAGUGCUGAUUUCAUAAAGAGCGGCGACUUCACCCUGGAGAGGAUGGGAGUGACGUACAAGGCCAAGGCCCACCUCAAAACUCCAUUUGACCCUGAGAACAAACGGGUCAAGGGCAUCUAUGCUUGAGGACCACAGAUGAAAAAAACAAACAAACUGAAAACAAACACAUUCUGGUUGGAGGAUGAGGCUGAGAGGGGAGCAGCUGAUUCUUCUCUUCUCUUUCAUGGAUGGUCUGAAAUCUGUAUCGCGGUGUUGAAGAGGUUCUGAAUUGAGUCUGUUGUGUCUGAGUGUUUUGUUGUCUUAAAGGUGAUUUAAGGGUCUCCGCUCCAGGUUAUUGAUGCCCACUCUGGAUUUGUGAGGUUGGUAAAUAUGUGUUGUUAUCGCCUGUAAUCAGGCAGCAAACACAGCGGUAAUUCUGAUUCCCUCCCAUGAUUAUACUGUAGGUGCAAUGGUGGCAAGUUCUACAUUAACUACACCAUCUGCUGGCUUUGUGACUAUACCACAGCUAAUAGGGCUGAAAGUGACAGAUGUGUAUGCGUGUAUGGAAGCUCAUUACUGCCAACAUGAGAGAAAAAAGAUCCUUUAAGCCAAUAUAAUGAGAAACUUUCACCAAAUAAUGGUUUAGUAUCUUCAAAUAAAGAGAAACUUUCUCAAAAUCUAAUCAUAGGGUACGAUCAUACGUACACGAAUGCAGGGGAAUUUCACAGGUUCACCAAAGUUGAACUAAUUUCUUCCUUUUUGUCCACAAUAUAUUUGAUCCUAUUAUGGUGCUGUAAUCUCUCGUAUAUUUUUCCUGUGAGACCACAGAAAACUAUAUUAGGGAAUACAUCAAGUAUUCCCAAACUACUACACCGUUGCCCUGCAGGUGUCUGGAGUGAAUUACAAUGACUGAUGUUUGUGCGGAUAGAAAUGAGUGUUACUUGCUCGUGUGGUGUCUAAAUGUGCGGCUGAGUGUUCAUCAGAGGUGGAGGAGCAGGUAGAAGAGAAACAGCCCGAGGCGCAGAGAGGAACAACCAGGGACUAAACACAGCUGAGGAAGAAUGAUGACAGGAAAAGACUUCAGUUAACAAGAAGCAGCUGUUGAUGUUAGCAUGCUGGUACAUUGUACCAAGUUAAAAAACUCCCGUUUGUCUUAUUUUCAGUCAAAACCAAUACUUUGUGUAUCUGCUUCACAGUAUUCUCUGUAAACAGAUUAUAUACAGGCUGUGGCUGAGGGAUGAGAUUCUUCUGGUUUCCGUUUCUAGUUUGACCAAUCCUGUUUGAGCAGGCUUUGAUCACCCGCAAGUAAAAGGUCGGCGUGGAGAGCGAAAGAGGCGAGAACACAUAUACCAACAUGAAUCAGCUUUUUAAGUUACCUGCCUUCAUGUGCAGGUAUUGAGCCAAAAUGCCGUCCGGACCUCAAACACCUACAAAAAGUGUGCAGAGAAACAUUCGACCCGUGUUUAACUGUAAACAGUGUUUGGCAAAUGGAAGAUUAAAAGUCUUGCCCCUGAAUUUCUGCUGUUUAAACAAGAAGCCUUGAAAUAUUGGCUGUUGCCUCCAGAGGCGAAUCCAUCGUCAGACGAGAACCGAUGGCCUCGACCUUAUUUCCAACAGUAUCUUUAAAACUGUGAAGCAUCUACGUGGUGUGAUCAUUAAAAACCACAUGAGCCUGAUUAGCAAACACUUAUCAUUUGAAACUAUGAGCUUAUUAAAGUGGAGCGGUGCUGGGUUCAGUGGGACUGAACUGUAGGUCCGGGGGAAAAUCACUUAUAUUCAUUGUGCUGAAUCAACAGCCUGAGUCAGUGCAGAAACUCUUUCUAUUCUGAACUGUUGGUGCCUUUACAUGUGAACUGUUUGUGUUAAUAAGUGAUAACAAGCUUGCUCCUAAUUGCUCCUGUUUCAGUGUCGACAGGAGAAAGUGUGAAAAGAAGAAAACACUAGUUUAUCGCCUUGUUAACUGAUUCAUGUCUUAAAUCCUGGUGCUGGUACAUGUACAGUAAUUAAAGCUAUUUUGGUAUUUCUUUGUGUUUACAUGAGUGUCUUACGAGUCAACUACAAAAUGUGCGUCUGUAGAUUUUGUUUUGACACUUGAUAUUUUAUUUAAUUCUGGAUUGCAUUUUCCAUCUGUGUUUACGUUAACGCUCUUCAGGCCAAAGAAGAACCGACGCUCGUUACACGCGCUGUGUGAACAUCAGCUGAAAACAGUGGUAGAAACUAGAGGAAGGCGUCUGUGUGUUUAACUCACCUCUCAGAUGUGUGUGUGUUUCGCACAAAAUGUUUACUAAUGUGGAAUGAUUCAUGGAUUCUGCCCAGACGACCAUUAAUCACUAGAAUGGUUGUUCUCAGGAGUAGCUCAGGUUAAUAACAAGAUUUAUAUGGGAAAUGUGAAACCUACUGAUAAACACUAUCACCGCUGGUUCUCUACACCACAUGUUUCUCCUCGCGCAAUUUACUUUCUCUUCUUCCCUCAGUGUGACGGUGAUAAUAAAAGCGGGGAGAAGUGCAAACAAAAUUAUUAAUUUCCCUUCCCUGAGCUUUUUAAAUAUGUUUUUUUCGAAAUGUUGCAUCCUUGUUAUUUCUGUCGUGUAACAGUUUGACCAAUUUAAAAGACAAACUGAUCAGUGGCUCGUUGUGAUGACCAGUUACAUUAUGAACUUAAUGUUAAUUUAGGGAUUGAUUCUGUCCGAAGCCAUACAUGUGUUAAUAAAUGCCUUUUUAACUGCCAA